AAGCUUCGACCGCGACGCGUCUCCUUGAAAUUCAUUGCCCUAGACCUGGAGAACUUAAGACCAACGUCACUGACCGCUGCACUGGAAAUCCCAAUAAGAACAACACCAUGCGAUGACAAGUGCUGCACAGCUGGAAUACGAAUAUUACCCCCAAUAUUGUUUCCAUCUUUCUCCCACCAUCAACAAAUGGUGCCCAUUCCGAGCUAGUGAUAUCCAAGAACUUAGGCAACAUUCUGGAUUUCCGGAAAAGGAUGAGAUCUUCUUUCACUUGAACCAUCCCAUACGAUGGGUGCGUGUGGUUGGAGUGGUGAUCGCGAUAGAUGAAUACUACGGCCGCCGGACGUAUACCGUCGAUGAUAGCACCGGCGUGAAUAUCGAGUGCUCCUUACAAAUCACAAAUACAUCUGCCACCACGAAUGCGACGGGCGACGCAGAGGAGAAGGCGCCCAUCCACGUCCAAAAGCCCAAUCCAUAUCCCGAAAUUGACGUUGGCUUGGUCGUUGAGGUCAGGGGCAGCCUGAAGCUCUUCCGAGACCAAAAGCAGAUCAAGAUUGAGAAAUUACAACGCGUUCCCACCACGAACCAGGAGGUUCAGUUCUGGAACAAGAUCAGGUCCUUCAGGACAGAUGUACUUAGCCAACCUUGGGUCGUAGACUCGAACGUAUUGCGCAGACUCAAGAAGGAGGAGAAUAGGAGUGCCUAUGAAGAGGAAAGGCAGAAGAGAAAGAAGCGCAGCCGCGGAGAUGAGGUUUCGGGCACAGGCCCGAAGGUGAAAUCACGGCUACAACCACGUCGCGCCAUUGAGGAUACCAGGGUGAAGAAGUCUUACCCCCCCUCAAAGUUGAGUGAAGGCAUUACCAUCACAGAGGGUAAAUACGACGCCUUGGGACUUUGAUAGCAUAGUCAUAUGCGUUUAUGACGGCCUUUGCGGGUAUGCACUGGUGAGGAGAGGAGACGGUGAAUGUAGACACAGAGGACAAUCUCAGAGUUGAAAAGACACAUACAAUGUUAUCACAUUCGUUUUCG